UCUUACAAAAUGACAUAUUUCUAAUCAACACGUAAGAUAAGAGUGAUCGUUCCUUCAAAAGAAACUCGAAGUUGCUCCUCGUAUUGCUUAGUGAAAUUCUUAUCGCUACUCAGUGAAGUGAAUCCAGGAGAUUGCUCUUGUACUGCUGUCCCAAGAUUCGUGCUGGGCUUGCAGCUCGACCCAGCUCGUGGCCUGCCAUGGGUGAGCGUUUAACAUGAGGAGUUCCUCCUGGUGCCUGUGUAUCUUGGCGGUCUUCCUGAGCGCGUCGAGCCCGCCCGGAGAGUGCCGCUAUGUCUCCAUUGGCGACACCAGCCAGCAGGAGAACUGCUUCAAGAAAGGAGUUGAACAGCCCGAGCCGGCACCGCGCAUCAUGUACGUUAAUGGCCGUGCACACAACAUCGUUGUCGAGACAAGCCAGAGGCCCACGCACCAGCUCGUCACGCAUAUGUUCUAUAUUAUGGUUACCGAGCUUCUGGGCUACCGGGACGUAGACAUCCUGACAACAAGCAGCAUCGACCCGGAGUCCUCGCUGCAGAGACUGACCGGAUGUGUCGAUCUCAAUGGUUGCAACGUCAGCGACGACUACGUUCCUGAGACUAUGAUAAACCUGGAACUCUGGAUGGGACCUUCUUUUGACAUUAAACCAUGGCUGCGAACAGAUCGCAUCACGGACAUUGGUCCUCUGAGUCCUCUCGGACGGUACGGCUGGUACGUAUCGAAACAAACGGCCCAAGAAUACUGGAGCAAGUACAACAUGGUGCUUGACCACUGGCGUUCGUACCGGUCGGCCAAAAUGACGUCACAGCUGAACCUGCUCAAAGGCGACAAGCUACAGGGUCAUCUGUCCAGAGGCGGCUACCUCUGCAACUUUACUGGCUGUCGAAACGGCGUCUAUCGGUCCCCGUUGUGCGACCCGCUCAGGGAUGGCCGGGGAGUCCCUUGCGCCACGCUCAUCGCAGACUUUCCAGCGUGGACGAAGCUGAAGGAUACCGCUCCGGACGUUAAUCAUCUGGUGGAGAAGAUGACCUUCUCCCAGCAGGAGUACGGAAAGCUUCUCGAAUUCUACCAGAACAAAAGGCAGCAGCACAAGAGUUUCCAUCAAAUGGCGUGCUCCUUUCUACACGAUAACAAGGCUCUGCUGCGUCAGUUCUCGGUGCGGGUCGCCGACAAGCCCCUGCUCCACAUAGGCGGUAUCUUUCCCAUCUCAGGCAUCUAUAAUCGCGUGGGCGGCGUGCUUACAGCGGCACGCAUGGCCAUAGACAGCAUUAAUCGAAAGGAGAAUAUCCUCAAGGACUUCAAGCUUGAGAUCCUCGAAGGGGAUGGUCAGUGUGCUCAGGACGUGGUCAUGAAACGAUAUAUCAACUACGUCACCAAUUCCACCUACAAGAGCUUGAUCGGCAUCCUAGGGCCUGCCUGCACCGAGACCCUAGAGCCGAUCGUGGGCGUGGCGCAGCACUACAACACGCCUAUCAUUAGCUACAGCGCCGAAGGGGCCCUCUUCUCCAAGCGCGAAAAGUACCCCUACUUCUUCCGCACCAUUCCUGAGAACCAUAUCUACAGGUUUGUGUACCUAAAGUUGCUGCAGGCUCUGAAGUGGCGGCGCCUGGCAGCGCUCACCGAGGAUGGCCACAAGUACAGCGAGUACUUGAACCUGUUGCACGAUGACAUGCAAAAGCUAGGCCUCAACUUCGUUACCAACCGCAAGUUUCCCCACGACCACGGCACGCACAAUGGCACGCACAGGUCUCAAGACAUGUCCCAGUAUCUGGCUGACCUAAAAUCGCGCAAUGCGCGCAUCAUCAUCGGUGGCUUCGACGAAGAUGCCGCCCGCGCCAUCAUGUGCGAGGCCUACAGGCAGGUACGCGGCAACUCCCAGUGCGCGCAGCUCCCUGGUGGCUGCUGUGUGCCUCGGGGACGAGCCGUGGGUUAG